AUGUCUCUGUGCUGGAAUAAGACUUUUUUGAAGAUGACAUCAAGCUUCCAGAAAUUAUGUCACAGUCGUGAUUUUGAAGAAAGCUACACGCCUGUGCUACAGUCCGCGUCCGAUGGAUUCUUCAUGAACGAUUGCUUGUCAGCAGCGCUUGGAGUUGAAAUUGUCGCAAUUCAUCAUGGCAAUUUGGUCAAUUCUGGCACAUUUCUGUCUCAUUUCAGUCGAUACAGUCCCACCGAGGAGCUCAGGGAAAGGCGUUGUGCUGCGCUGCUCUCUGCUUUAUCACCACGUACAACCGAUAGUGCUAUGACUGCUGAUUUCGAACACGACUGUAAUCAGUUCGUUGUUCGUGUUGCUGUUUUAGACGGUGGGUUGUUUUCUGUCUUUCUG